UGAAACAAACAAAGUGAGGCCACUUCUAUAUCUGAGUGUUUCUAUUUCAUUCUCUCUUCCCUCCCUCCCCUGUUUCCCCGUUUCUUAGUUCCCUUUCUGUAAUUGUCUGUCUUUCAUUGUUGAAUAUUUAUGGGUUUAUGUUCUUGAUUUUUACCACAACACACACGCACUCUCUCUCUCUCUCUCCCCUCCCUCCCUCUCUACAUCUCUCUCUCUCUCUCUCUCUCCCCCCCCUCUCUCUCUCUCUCUCUCUGUCUCUCUCCCUCUCCCUCCAUCCCUCUCCCUUUCUCUCUCUGUAGAAUCAAAUACAACCCACAAAGAGUUACUUGAAAGCCAGGAGUUUCAGAAAUAUAAAAGAUAAUUUUCCUUUCUUCAUGCAUAAUUGCAUAUUCGUAAAAUCAUUUCUUACUUUCAUGAUAGCAGCUAGGAGGGGUUAUUUUUUGUAUCCCUCAAGUUGGCUAUAAAUAGUUUUCUUCUGCACGAGGAUAACAAAAAGGUUUUAAUUUUACAACAAACCUCUUUGAUCCUUCUUUAUCUUUAUGCAAAACCCGUUUCCUUAAUUUUUACAAGAGAAACAGGUUCUUUAUCUCCACUUUUUUCUUUUUCUAGGUUCUAAGGUUAUAACAUCUUUGUACACAAUUUUAUACUUGUUACCUCUGACAUUUUUCUUUUCAGUUGUGUUUUUACCUUUGCAUAUUAUAUAGGUUUAUUAUUUAGAAGUACUGAUGGCAGCAGCUAUGAAUUUUUACAAUAGCAGCCCAGACUUAUCUAGUGAAGAUCAGCUUAUGAAAGCACUUGAACCUUUUAUGAAGAGUGCUCCUUUACCAUCACCACCUCCUACUAAUACUACUGCACCUUCUACCUCAAAUUCUUUUUCUCCUUUCUCUUCACAGCCCUGUAAUUUAGACCCUUCUUUAAGCCCAGCCCAAAUCUUUUCUCAAGAUUUUUCAACUUCCACCCAAAUGAACUUUGAUCAAACUGGUUCACUAGGACUAAACCAACUCACUCCAUCUCAGAUCCUCCAAAUCCAAUCUCAACUCCACCUCCAGCAACACCAAAACUACUGGGCUUCAAAUUCUUCAUCAGCCCAAAAGCCCCUAAAUUUUCUUGGGCUCAAGCCUGUGGCAAUGAAACAAGGUCAGACUCCAGCAAAGCCCAAAAAGCUUUACAGGGGAGUUAGGCAAAGACACUGGGGUAAAUGGGUUGCUGAAAUUCGUUUACCAAGAAACAGAACCAGGCUUUGGCUUGGCACCUAUGACACGGCUGAAGAAGCCGCUUUAGCUUAUGAUAGAGCUGCUUAUAAGCUGAGGGGUGACUUUGCUAGACUAAAUUUUCCCACUCUAAAGUUGGACCCACAUUACAAAUCACUCCAUUCUUGUAUUGAUGCUAAGCUUGAGGCCAUUUGUAAAAAUUUAACCGAUGUACCUCAGGACAAGAAAUCAAAAACGCCCCUUAAAGCUGCUGUGGAUUCAGUCCCAGCUGAAGCUGACAUUCCUAAGGUAGAUGAUACAAGCAAUCAAAAUUUAAUAUUUUCAGGUCAAGAUUUGUCAGGUGGGUCAUCCCCGGAAUCCGAAUUGACAUACUUGGAUUUCGCUGAGCCAAGAUUUGAUGAGUUGGAGAAUUUUAAGUCACAGGAGAUUCCAUCCAUGGAAAUUGAUUGGGAAGCUCUGUAUUCUUUAUUGUAGUAAAAUAUGUUUUUAAUUUUUCUCUGCAUAGUUUAGUGGCCUCUGCAAUGGAAUUUUUGUCAUUCCCAGAGGUCUAGUAUUAAGUUUUUUUUGUUUUUGUUUUCUUGAAUCAUUAAAAAGUUAAAUUCUUACAUAAAGUAA